GUCCUGCAUAAGCUACCUUACCUACCUAGCCUUGCGAGGACGCUCCCUUGUCGAGUGCUGUGCGACUGCCAACGCGUGCUUCAAAUCGCCCUCCCUGUCUUGUCUUGCCAUGCCCGAGCCCUCGGGCUGUCGUUGUCGGGCGCUCGAGCAACUGCCGCGUCUCCUCGCAACACGCCGGGGCUAACGAACUGCCGCCUCGAUCAAGCAUGAAGCCAGCGUCAUGGUCGCCGCAGACGCCGCCGACCCCCCGGAGGCGGACGCGUCGCCCAGGAAGCGGGCCGCUGGCGGCGCAUCCUUCAUGGUGAGUGACCCAGCUCUCUGUCAUGCGCGCUCUGCGCGAGCUGUUGCGCAGGUAGAGGCGGACUUGCCCGAGAUGCACCCUCGCCUCGCGACAUGGACCGGGCGUCAACUGGACUGUUCAGGCGGACGUGGCGGCUCCAGCGCAUCCAGACGAGCUCCUGUUGCCUCUGGUGCUGCCAAACCCUGAACACCUACGACGCGCCGGGGCUCUAGUGGGGGGUAAGGUUGGGUCUGCGGGUCGGAUCCAGUGGUCUGGGCUGCUCUAGUGGUCGCAGCACAGGUCCCCCAAAGCCCCCGUCGUCUGCCCGCGCCCCACUAAAAUUUGCCCGCCCAUCAUCUCAGUCCGCAGAAGCACCCCCCACCGCUAACGGCUGCAGAAACAACCACCAUCGCCAGCUCGUCAUCCCACUUUGCUUCAUGCCGCAUCCGCCGGCGACGCUCAAGUCCGUAGCCACCGGCGCGGGAAAACCUCUGCAGUCCUGACCGACGCGACGCUCGACGCAAACCUGGACGAACAAACGGGACCGCCGCCCAUUCACGCCUCGCCACAACCGCAACAGCAGGGGCCGAAGAGGGCUCGAGAGUCGUAUGUCUCGGGCCGUUCCUGUGCUGUGUUUUCUUGGGCGCUUCUGACGGACGGUAGUCCCUGGGAGAGAUAUCUUUCCGAUGAGAAGCAUUCGUACCCGGACUAUGGGUACGUUCACCAUUGGAACGCACAACCAUCAGGACAAGCCCACUAAUGCCAUAGACAGGUCUAAGGAGGAAAGGAUGACUUCAAAGCGGCUGGUACUUCACCCUUUUGCCUUCACCGCUGACCUUGUUGCUAAAACAUUACAGAGGAGCAUCAACGGCCAGACGGGUCCCCUGAACACCUUCAAUCGCCAGGCACCCUCCGAUCCCUUUGGCUGGGAUACACCAUCCCCUCCCAACAAGCGACAGAGGCAGGAUGUUACCGACUUCACGGUGACGCUCACGCGCAAAAUUCCAGCAUCAAACACCAGGCGAUCACAGGCACACGUGGAGGAUCUGACCAAGACGAGCUCGCACGAUGGCCACGAUUCGAACAGCAUUUCAAGCGCUGGAAAGUUGCCCGGUCGGUCUGUGGCUCUUCCCGAGUAUCGGAACGCGCAAAUCUUUGGUCAGUCGACCAAACGCCGCCAGCGCAAAAGUCGACAAUCUCUAAGCCAGACAAGCUCGCGGGGCAAGGCGCACGAUACCAUGACACCCAACAAACUCGGCAAACACUCCGACAUGCACAGCCCAGACAUACUCUCCAUUGAAGAUGACCCUGCGCACGCCAAGAUUGCGUCGGACUUGCUGCCGUCUCGAAAAACUGUGCGGCAGCAUCUGGCCAUAGACCGCUCAGGUCCACCUGUCAAACGGGCAGCCGCUGCAAAAGCGAUACUUGAACCCAUCCACUGUUCAGACGAAUCUCCAGACGAUCUGAGCAAUGAUAAGGAACCCGUCCAAUUUCUGGUGAAGAAGCCAACAAACUUUGAUGCCGUGGCUUCUCCCCCAUCGCAGAGACGAACAGCGGGCAGGGGCGACAUCCAGCCAACGACGUUCCAAAAGCCACAACGGCCGAUGGGAAGCAGUCAGGCUCCAUUACCAGACAUGGUGCUUAACAGGGCCAUCUGUGGCAAGGCCUUCUAUAAGUGCGAGGGGCAGCCACACAGUGCGAUACGCCUCGUUCAAGACCGUCAGGACUCUCGGAGACUGGUGCCUGUGACCGACAGCGGCAAAUGUGACGCACAGCCAUGGUUGACCAUCAACAUGGGCACUGUUCAAAAGAUAUACCAUGCUUCGACCCACAGCGCCUGCGUCAUGGUCGAGCGCCCCGCGAACAACCUCCACACUGGCAAAGCAUUUCUGGAGUUCACGACUCCCCAGGGCGCCAUGGCGUUCAUCAGACUCGCUCCCAAAGAUCUAGUCGUUGAGCAUGAACUUGAAUGGGUGGAGAGCAGAGUCAAACACGCCCUUGGCACGGCAGAGACGUAUCGAGAGUCAUGCCCUCGAGAUCAAGAAGAAUCUGUGUUGAUGCACGACCAAGCCCCUUGGGUAUCCAAGCCCGUACUCGUUGGGGAUGGUGGAGGGUCCGCGACUUCGGGACCUAAAUCAGACAGCGAGCCACAGAGGUUGACGCGGUCAAGGGGCCCUCCCGCUACACUCGAUGUCGACGAUCCGUCAAGCCAUAGCACGAAAAUCGGCACCCGUCGCACCAGACGGACCUCGCCGAGGCGUACCUUCAGAGAACCCACGCCAGAGCGCUGGACAGCAAACAAUCCGGGCUGGCGGGAGCGUUGGCAGCGAUCGCUAGUAUACCCAGCCACUGGGAAGAAUAGAGCGACGGUGGACGAUGAAGAUAUCCCGAGAUUGGAUGAAGGAGAAUUUCUCAAUGACAAUCUCAUCAGUUUCUACAUCCGCUACCUUCAAGUCACGCUGGAACGAGAGUCGCCCGAGGUGCUCAAGAAGGUUCACAUCUUCAGCACCUUUUUCUUCGAGAAACUCCGCUCUACCAAGGGCAAGAUCAAUUACGAUGGCGUCAAGGCCUGGACUGCCAAGAUUGACCUCUUCUCGUACGACUACAUCAUCGUACCGGUCAACGAGCACGCGCACUGGUAUUUGGCAAUCGUUUGCAACGUACCAAAUGCAAUCAGCGGUGUACCUGAUGAUGACGAUGUCGAGAUGAUUGACGCGCGCCGAAAAUCGCAGGACAGGGAUCCGCAGUCAACGCCUCCUCCACCCUCCUCACGAACCCUUCAAUCCUCUCCCAGCGGGAAAAAGCUUGAUCCCAGACAACCCAGGAUUGUGACACUGGAUUCCUUGGAGUCCCCGCAUUCUCCAACGUGUCGGGCUCUGAAGGAAUACCUGAUUGAGGAGGCCAGGGACAAGAGAAACGUCGAACUGGCCGUGGUGCCAAGUGGCAUGUCCGCCAAGAAGAUUCCCUGCCAGAACAAUUACUGCGACUGUGGCGUCUAUGUCCUCGGAUACCUAAGAGAAUUCCUGAGGGACCCGGAUGAGACAGCACGCAAGUUACUUCAGAGAGAAGACCUCGGGUGGGACAUUCAGCCAUCUCAGCUGCGAGACAACGUUCGCGAAUUGCUGUUCGGCCUGCAAGACGACCAGAGCAAACGACUCGAGCACGAAAAGCAAGAGAAACGUGCCACUUUGGCAAGGAAGAAAGCUGCAAAGAAGGGGCAACAUGGCGAACAGAACGCUGCUCAAGCCGAUGAUCCGCCGGCUGUAGAGGCGCCACUGCCGACCAGUUCGUCUGCUGAAAGCAUGACCAGCGGCGUUGCAACCGCGAAGAGCAGGCAGUCGCCAGACACGGAAUUUAAGACAGCCAGUGCGCGCUGCGACCGAACGCCGGGUGGGGGAGUGACUAUCGAAGACGAGCCUGCGCUCAUCGACAGGCUUAGUAACAGCAGCACAAGCUCGGGAAACUCAUCAGCUUUCUAUUCGGCUCAAGAGUCCCCGGACGGAAUGCCACCGAGCGUUGCCAAGGUUCCAAAGGCGACGGCAGUCGAAAACGACAAGGGACCCCGCCCUUCAAGCCAUGGAGUUGUCGACGUCGACGAUGACGUGCAACUUGUACAACCUCUAUCAAGCUCAUCGGAGGGCAAGGGUCAUGCUCAUGAAGUUCGUGAGCGCCGACUCAAGAGAAAGCAACCAAUGCAAACUUAUGGCGGAGACUCGCGAGGCAAGAAACAGACGUCGAGGUUCUCUGGGUACUUCAAGAAUUCAGCUUCCAGCUCCGUGAAAGGCGGCUCGACACGAGUGAGACGAGAAGGGUAUGACGGCAUCGACCCAGUCUCAGUGGAUCUCACGCAGGAUACUUAAUGGCGUUCGACCUGCACGGCAUGAGCCGUGCUUUUCUGACAGAGGCGAGGUGGGGCAUUUUGAUACACAGGGUUUUCUGUUUGAUUCAUGGCGCAUUGCGGGAGUCUGAACGACUACUGGCCAUGCAUGCAUAGCGAUGUAGGGGUGGCGUUUAGUGAUUGUGUUUGGCCUUUUGAUGCCUGGUGGUUUUGGGUGGAUGGGGGAUGCUCGACUUUGGGGCGGGCCCAGCAGCUGUUCUGCAUUGAGCACACAACCGAGAGACAGCAGCAGGCGCUCUCUCAGGCAACGAUGCGGGCUAUUCCAGCAGCUGGGAUGGGUGCCCAUGGAACUGGUCGGCAGCAGGCGUGGGCACAGGUGAAGGCCUAGAUAAGCCCCGUGAAUACACCAGGCCUCUAAGCGAAAUCA